AUGGCCAGUGGUGACCCCAGGAUGAGCGACCGCGAGCUCGCGGCUAUCAAUGCUGCCGCCGUGACGAGGGAGUUCAAGGUGCAGCCGCAUCUGGACUACCGCACUGUGUCUGCUAUCAACGGCCCACUAGUUGUCCUUGACAAUGUCAAAUUCCCGUCCUACAACGAGAUCGUGCAGCUCACCCUCCCGGACGGCACCAAACGUGGUGGCCAGGUUCUUGAAGUGCAAGGAAACAAAGCGAUUGUCCAAGUCUUUGAGGGUACCUCUGGUGUCGACGUCAAGGCGACCCACGUUGAGUUCACUGGCUCGUCCAUGAAGUUGCCUGUCGCCGAGGACAUGUUGGGUCGUAUCUUCAACGGUUCGGGUAACCCGAUCGACAAUGGCCCGAAAGUCUUUGCCGAGGACUAUCUCGACAUCAACGGUAGCCCGAUUAAUCCGUACUCACGUAUCUACCCCGAGGAGAUGAUCCAGACCGGUAUCUCGACUAUCGACACCAUGAACUCGAUUGCCCGUGGCCAGAAAAUCCCCAUUUUCUCUGCCGCAGGUCUCCCACACAACGAAAUCGCCGCGCAAAUCGUGCGUCAAGCCGGCCUCGUCAAGCGUCCCACAAAAGACGUGCACGACGGCCACGAAGACAACUUCUCCGUCGUCUUCGCUGCCAUGGGUGUGAACAUGGAGACCGCGCGCUUCUUCAAGCAAGACUUUGAGGAGAACGGUUCUCUGGACCGUGUCACGCUGUUCUUGAACUUGGCCAACGACCCGACUAUCGAGCGUAUCAUCACGCCGCGGUUGGCGCUGACGACGGCGGAGUACUACGCGUAUCAGUUGGAGAAGCAUGUGUUGGUUAUCUUGACGGAUAUGAGUAGUUAUGCCGAUGCGUUGCGUGAGGUUUCGGCGGCGCGUGAGGAGGUGCCGGGUCGUCGCGGUUAUCCCGGUUACAUGUACACGGAUUUGUCGACCAUCUACGAGCGCGCCGGACGUGUCGAGGGCCGUAACGGCUCGAUCACGCAGAUCCCUAUUCUCACCAUGCCUAACGACGAUAUCACCCACCCGAUUCCCGACUUGACGGGCUACAUCACCGAAGGCCAGAUCUUCGUCGACCGUCAGCUGCACAACAGGCAGAUCUACCCGCCCAUCAACGUCCUGCCGUCGCUCUCGCGGUUGAUGAAGAGCGCUAUCGGCGAGAAGCUCACGCGCAAGGACCACGGCGACGUGUCGAACCAGUUGUAUGCCAAGUACGCUAUCGGUCGUGAUGCAGCGGCUAUGAAGGCCGUCGUUGGUGAGGAGGCGUUGAGCGGAGAGGAUAAGCUUGCGUUGGAGUUCUUGGACAAGUUCGAGAAGAACUUUGUGGGACAGGGUGCAUACGAAUCGCGUACGAUCUUCGACUCGCUCGAUCUUGCAUGGUCGCUCUUGCGCAUCUUCCCCAAGGAGCAGCUUAACCGAAUCUCUCCGAAGAUCAUCGCUGAGUUCUAUGGACGGAAGGCGCAGAAGAAGGAAGAGGAGGAGGAGGACAAUCCGGAUGCGAGGGUUGAGGCCGGCGAGGGAAAGUUGAUUGAUGCGUAG